AUGUCUCUUCUCAGCCGGCUAUCGAAGCUCCGCCUUGGGAAGCCUGCGUUGGUGAGAAGAUCAUCUCUUCUUCUCCUCUCUAAUGGCUUCUCUUCUUCCUUUCGGCAAACCCCUCCUUGUUGGAUCUACUGCGGUAAAUCCUGUGGGGAUGAUCUCGAGAAACUCUUGAUUCACAAUUUCGAUGGAACUGACAGCACUGUUUCGGAAAAGAAGGUGCCUCGCGAGAUGGUUUCUCAUUUGGAGAGGAUAACGAUCGGGGCAUCUCAUGGAUGGGUAGCUACUCUCAAGGACGACGGAAUCCUGCGUCUCCAUGACGAUCUCAACCCUUAUGCGUCCGAUACAGACGCGAAACGCAUCCCUCUGCCUCCUCUUGCGACUCUGCCUCAUUGCCAAACCAAAAUCGUCACCAACGUGUCAAUGUCCUCUUCUUCUCCUGAGGAUGAAGACUGUGUCGUGGCUGUCAAGUUCUUGGGACCUCAGAUAAGCUUUUGCAGACCCGCUAACAAACCCGAGUGGAGAAACAUCAGGAUCGAAAACCCUUGCUUCUACUCCUCCCGAGUCAUGUUCUCCAAGAAACAUGACACGUUUCGCAUUCUCGGAUCUGGAGGAUACAUCAUCGGGUCAUGGGAUCUCAGCACAAAAAGGAACAAACCCAAGUUUCAGAGAUUGAGGUUUCAAAACCUUCCAGAGCUGACUAAGACCAAACGGGAUCUUUUGCAUUCGUGUUGCACCAGCGAUCACUUGGUCGAGUCAACAUCCACCGGUGAGACUUUCUUGGUUAAGUUUUACAGGAGGGCCACCUCUAGUGGUGUGGUGUAUAUGAAAACGAGAGCUGUAAUGGUGUUCAGGCUAGACGAUGAAGGAAACGCGGUUUACACUCAAGACAUUGGAGAUCUCUGCAUCUUCAUCUCAAUGUCUGAACCUUUCUGUGUCCCUGCUAGCUCUUUCCCUGGCAUGUCCUAUAACUGCGUCAAACUCAUUGAUUCCGACGAAUACGGAAGUAUCACGCCGGAUCGCAUCAUUAGUAAAAGUUUUGGAUGGGCAUGCCCUUACUAUAUUCCACCUCAAAAUAUAGACUAG